GCCCGAACCUCCACAGUCCUCCAGGACCAUAGAGCGCUGCGCGGGACCGCGCUCUGGGCUCGAGGGCUAGAGAGGCCGGAAGUGAAGCGAGCCUGGGGACGCUCUAGCCGCGCCGGUCUUUUCCCGGCGGCGCGGGGCGAGGAGGCCCCAGCAGAGCCUCGGGAUGGACGAAGGGGGAGUGCGGCCGCCGGCGGAGCCGCCCACCAGGAAGAGAUUCCUCAUUCCCCUGGACGAGGACGCGGUCCCUCCCGCUGGGGUCAAGCCCUUAUUCCGAUCCGCUCGGAGCCAUCCCACCACGGAGACCUCACCGCAGGCCGCCCCUCAGACCUACGCUGAGUAUGCCAUCUCCGGACCUGAAGGCGGGGCUGGCGCCGCGCCCCCCAGCGGGCCCGAACCCCAGGCAGGAGAGACCCCCAGCCAGGCUCCCAAACCAGGGGCGAAAUCCAACAGCAUCAUUGUGAGCCCCCGGCAGAGGGGCAACCCGGUGCUGAAGUUUGUGCGCAACGUGCCCUGGGAAUUCGGCGACGUGGUUCCCGACUACGUGCUGGGCCAGAGCACCUGCGCCCUCUUCCUCAGCCUCCGCUACCACAACCUCCACCGGGACUACAUCCACGAGCGGCUGCAGAGCCUGGGGAAGAGCUUCGCGCUGCGGGUGCUGCUGGUGCAGGUGGACGUGAAAGACCCUCAGCAGGCCCUCAAGGAGCUGGCUAAGAUGUGCAUCCUGGCAGACUGCACGCUGGUCCUUGCCUGGAGCCCCGAGGAGGCCGGGCGGUACCUGGAGACCUACAAGGCCUAUGAGCAGAAGCCGGCAGACCUGCUGAUGGAGAAGCUGGAGCAGGACUUCGUGUCCCGGGUGACUGAAUGUCUGACCACUGUGAAGUCAGUCAACAAAACAGACAGUCAGACCCUCCUGACCACUUUCGGGGCCCUCACCCUCUUCCGGGAAUGUCUGAGAUCCCUGGCCAGCUGGGGCAGGGCGGGUUUUAUGGCCGCCUCCCCUGACCCUUCACUCCCACCCCCUCAGUCUCUGGAACAGCUCAUAGCCGCAUCGAGGGAAGAUCUGGCCUUGUGCCCGGGCCUGGGGCCCCAGAAGGCCCGCAGGCUGUUUGACGUCCUCCACGAGCCCUUCCUGAAGGUGCCCGGGUGACCCCGCUGCCAGGGAGGCCUCUGUGCAACAAUAAAGCGUCUUCCCGCCAAGC